AUGUCUCACAUCACUGUCGAGAGGAACAGAAGACGACAGAUGAAUGAACAUCUCAAAGUUUUAAGAUCACUGACCCCAUGUUUCUAUAUCAAGAGGGGAGACCAAGCAUCCAUAAUAGGGGGUGUGAUAGAAUUCAUCAAGGAGUUACACCAAGUUGUGGAAGCGUUGGAGUCCAAGAAAAAGAGGAAGAGUCUAAGCCCUAGCCCUCGUGGUCCUCCUCCUGCAACACCUGAUCAUCAAGCCAUCGAUAGUCCUUUGGGAAUUGGAAUUGGAUCUGCCGAUUCCUUCAAAGAAUUCGGAGCAGCAGUUAGCUGCAACUCUUCAGUUGCAGAUGUGGAAGUCAAAAUCUCAGGCCCCAACGUGAUACUGAAAGUGAUCUCUCACAGGAUUCCAGGUCAACUUGCCAAGAUAAUAGCUGUUUUAGAAAGGCUUUCUCUUCAAGUUCUUCACCUCAACAUCAGUAGCAUGGAGGAUACGGUUCUCCACCACUUUGUUGUCAAGAUAGGACUGAACUGUCAACUAAGUCUGGAGGAACUAGCAAUGGAAGUGCAAGGAAGCUUCCGCUCAGACGCUGUUACCAAUACUGCAGCAACUAGCGCUUAACAACACAUUCCAUUUGGAAAUAUGAUCGCAGGCAAUAUAAUAACAUACAAGAAAUUAUCAAAAUCGU